UUUUGGCUCGUGAUAUUCGGAAACUAGUUUGUAAUGGUUCCAUUCCAGCAUUGAUUGCGCACAAUGAGUCGUAUCCAGUGGCGUCUUCGUGAGCUUCCAAAGAAUAUAAGCCAAACCAUUCGAUUUCGCAUUCAGUACGGUAAACAAUGCAUUCGCUCACUAACUUACAAUCAUCACAUGAACCAGUCGUAUGCGUCCGAUGUUUGUAUGGAACCGAUAUUUUGGUUCGUUGACAACUUCACUCAUCUACUUGGACCGUUUUUCGUAUUUGCUGUCAUAUGUCUAACAACUGCCGUCGUUACAAUAUGCUACUGGAUCGGAUUACCGUACUGGUGGAAUAGAAAUCGUUACAUGACUGUGUUCUUAAUGAUAGUAGGUCAUUGGUUGUUAUUAAAUGUAGUAUACAAUUUCUAUAAAGCUGCUUCCGUGUCACCGGGCUAUCCACCUGAGAAGGAACUGAUAGCGGAAGCGGUCAGUAUAUGCAAAAAGUGCAUAGCACCAAAACCUCCUCGAACACAUCACUGCUCAGUAUGUAAUCGGUGCGUCCUACGAAUGGACCACCAUUGUCCAUGGCUUAAUAAUUGUGUCGGCUAUCACAAUCAUAGAUAUUUUUUCCUCUACAUGCUGUACACCACAAUUGGCACGCUUUUUAUAAUAUCGUUCGGAUUUGAGUUGGGUUAUGGUGUACUGUUUCUCGAUGAAGGUGGUUGGAAAGAAAUGGAGCCGCUGCAAGGACAUCCAGUAAGAUUCAACCUUUCAGGACACAUAAUACCGGUGACCGAAAUGAAUGAUUACGAGCAUGAUGGAAUGGCUCCUGCUGAGCACGAUCUGCCGAUACCACAUCCCACACAUCGAACGGAAACAAUUCAUGGCGCAAUACUGUUUAUGGCACUCAUAAAUGUGGCCACCCUGCUCGCGCUUGGUGCACUUACUGCCUGGCACAGCACCCUAAUUACACGAGGUGAAACCAGCAUCGAAGCGCACAUAAACAAAUCCGAAACGAAAAGGCUUGCCGCAAUGAACAAGACGUACCGGAAUCCGUACGACUUCGGACCAAGAAAGAACUGGAAACUUUUUCUAGGCACAACGCGCAAGCGUACCUGGUGGCGACACGUACUGCUGCCCUCCUCACACAAACCGGAAGGUAAUGGACUGACAUGGUUAACUUACGAGAACGCGUUUGAUACUGCUGACGAGUGGCCUUAG